UCCUUACUACACAACUAAGUUCAUACAGUUGUAACUACAAAAAAAGAUAGUACUUGUCCUUGAUAAUAACACCCAAAAGUUUGAUCUUUUCAUUUACUUUUCACCAAACAACAAUGGUUGUCUUAACAACACCUUCCAUUGAUCACUUUCCCAUAGUCGACAACUCUUUCAUAGACCCCUCAUUGUUCAAUGAUGUUCCAAUAAUAGACCUCUCUGAACCUGACUCCAUCAACCUCAUCGUUAAGGCUUGCGAAGAAUUCGGAUUCUUCAAAGUCAUAAACCAUGAUGUCCCUAUGGAAUUCAUAAGUAAACUCGAAUCAGAAGCCAACAAAUUCUUCUCUUCUCCCCUCUCUGAGAAACUUAAAGCAGGUCCUGCUGAACCUUUUGGCUAUGGCAAUAAACAGAUUGGACCAAAUGGCGAUAUCGGUUGGGUCGAACACAUCCUCGUACCAACAAACUCCGAAUUCAAUUACCAGAAAUUUGCAUCUAUAUCAAGUCUCAAUCCAGACAACAUUCGUGAUUUCUAUUGUAGGGCUGCGGUAAAUGAUUAUGUGACAGAGGUGAAGAAAAUGGCGUGUGAGGUUCUUGAAAUGUUGGCGGAGGGAUUAAAGAUUCAUCAGAGGAAUGUAUUCAGUAAGCUAUUGAUGGAUGAAAAAAGCGACUCAGUAUUCAGGGUGAAUCACUACGCGUCGUGUUCAGAGAUUGACGAAUUCAAUGGCAACAAUGUGAUUGGUUUCGGAGAGCAUACAGACCCACAAAUCAUAUCAAUAUUACGAUCCAACAACACCUCCGGCCUUCAAAUUUUACUCAAAAAUGGCCACUGGAUUUCAGUCCCACCUGAUCCGAUUUCAUUUUUCAUCAAUGUUGGUGACUCAUUGCAGGUGAUGACUAACGGGAGGUUUAAGAGUGUGAAGCAUAGAGUGUUGACAAACAGUGUGAAAUCAAGACUAUCAAUGAUAUACUUUGGAGGACCACCAUUGAAUGAAAAAAUAGCACCAUUGCCAUCACUAUUGGAAGGAAAAGACAGCUUGUACAAAGAGUUUACAUGGCUUGAGUACAAAAAAUCAGCUUACAAAUCUAAACUCGCAGAUAACAGAUUGGUCAUGUUUGAGAAAAUGGCAAACUCAUAGCGAUAUUUCUUACUACCUAAGAGAGCGGUGGAUUCAAAAUUUGAAAUUUAUUAACGUACAUAUUCAGUAGAUUUUUCGAUAAACAUAUAGUAUUUGGACUAAAAUUAUUGAGUUAUGCUAGAGCCUUAAGGAUAGAGUGAUUGGAUUUUCCUUAGUUAAUCAUUCUCUCAAACAUAUGUAACUACCUGUCUUGUGUUUUACAAUAUAAGUUAAAAUCCA